ACUCAGAAAUUUAGCUUUGUUUUCUCCAUCACAAGGCAAACCAACCCAAACAAAAAGCCCACCAGUUUAUCAAAUCUCUCUCGCCGUUACUCUCUCUCUACUCUGCCGCCGGCUUUCUCUCCGGGAUUUGGAGUUUUGUGUUCCAGAAAAAGAAAAACAAAAACUGUAGUUGGAAUGAUGUGCAAAUGAGACAUUAUUGGAAAUGUUAUUUGCAGCAGAAGGAGGAGGAUUCUUCUCUUCAUCAGCUUCUGGUUAUAGCAAUGGUUUAGCUCUUCUUCUAUUAGGUCAGAGGAAUGAACAAAAGCCUGUCAAGGUGUCAUCAUCACAGUGGAACCAUUAUCAUUUAGUAGUUGAAGAAUCUAAUACCGGGUUUCGUUUAGAUUCCUCUAAGAACUGGCUCUCCUCUGCCUGCACUUCUCUUAUAUGUUUUGGUCGCAAAUCCGAAAGACAACCUAAUAAUCCAUCUCCUAUCCGAGACAGUCCUUCUCAUACACAACAAGAUUUCACUUCUGAAUCUUCAGUUUGUCGGGAAGGGAAGAAGGAAGAGAACCAUGUGGAGUAUAAUUGUGAAAUUACUAAUAGGUUUGCGCUUAAGAGCAGUUUGAAGAAAAGAUCAUUUAGUGAUGUUGUUAUUGGUGAUGAUGAUGCGAGUGGAGAUGGCGUGGUGGAUCAUACAGAUAGAAGGAAAGUGCAAUGGCCUGACACUUGUGGUAUUGAGAUUGCUGAGGUCAGAGAGUUUGAGCCUAGUGAAGUAGGUGAAUCAGACGAUGAGUUCCAUCAUGGAAGUGGUAAAAGCUGUAUGUGCACAAUCAUGUGAAGUCACCUUCUUCUCUCUUUCAAGUACCAAAGAGCUUUCAUAUAGUUUUGUGGUAGAUGCUCUUUUCUCCAGCCGAGUUUUGAGUUCUCUCUUGUUCAGUGCACCUUUGUUAUUUAUAUAUAUAGCGAGUAAGUGAGAGAUGAGACAGGUGACAGGAGAGAGAGAGAGAGAGAGAGAUGGUUUGCAAAAGAUUGGAUAAGAAGAAGAACUUUUGGAUGUGUACCUUUGUAGCCACUUGAUUUGUCAAUUUUGAGCUGUAUUUUAGAUUAUUCAAAUGUACAACAUCUCUAUGCUACUCUGUCCUGUAAUGAUAAAAUCCACACCACAACUUUUUGGA